GAUGAAGUUGAAGUAAAAUAGAUAAUUGAUUUAAUUAAAGCACCAAGGCACAAUUUUCGAUAGGAAACAUUUAUUUUAAACUUUACGAUCACUUUAUCGUUCAUAAAAAUUUAUAUUUUAAGCAAAAACUAACGACUUGUAAAAUCGACCACUUAGAAUAUAAGUCGAACAACUCGAUUUUUUACAAAACCGUUUUAUUCGGAUUUUUGGGUAAUUCUUUAUACUCCUUAACCUUCCCUGUACUGUAAAUAUUAUACUUGAAAGAUAAUUAUUUUCAAACUUAAAGUUAUAGAGAUUUUAAAUCUCAAAAAUCUUUUUUUUUUGUUUCCCUCCUUUAAUCCCGGUUAGGUCUUAGGCAACAAGCCUAUUUUGACCGCUUGCCCAAUAAAAAUAAAUAACUAAGUAAAUAAAUAGAUAAAUAAAUAAAUAAAUAAUCGCUUAAUAAUAAAUAAAUGAAUAAAACAUACUUCGUACACAUAAACACUUCUUUGAGUGAAUAAAGCUGAUUACCAAUGAAUUUAAACGUUAAUUCUGUUUCUCUUUACGAAUUUGGCUAUUAUUUUCAGUGGUCCAACUAGCUUGCGCUCUAUACUCAAUGCUAAUAUGUCCCUAACCUGGAGGUUAGAGUUAGAGGGCAAAGCAUUGCACAAGCUAACAAGCUCUUCUCUACCAUCCCUGAAACGAGGACAUCUGAAGAGGACAUGAUCAAUGUCCUCAUACUUGCCACAGUAGAUCUCACAGAGUGGGUCCUCGAUAAUAUUUACUCUAUGGAAAUGGGCUUUAAGGACCAGCGCACAAUAAUUUUUGUUUGUAAACAAGUUUUCAAAGUUUUCUAUGAGAGUGAACGAGAUGACUAGAUCUAGAUUUCGUUCGCUUUCACUGAAAUGCCAAAAAUAUGUUUACAAAACAAAAGUUAUUGUGUGUUGGGCAUAAGUUUAUUGAGUUUGCAUAAGUGAGUGGUUUGAGUUCAAUUUACUUAUAGUGAAAAUGGUUUCCCUAUUUAAAUCUCCAAUCAUCUUAAACCUAGAUUGUGUAUUACAAUCGGGUAAAAUUGAAUGGCAGUAUCUUCCGAGGUCGUCCACGUUCCAAGCCAUCUUCCACUGACACAGACACUCCCACCUGGUCAAUGCGAACCAAUCUUCCAUUCUUGUUACUUCUUCUUGGACAACUGACGAACGCGCUCCCUGCCUCGCUGCUGCAUCCGCCAUAUCAUUGCCGACAUCUCCUACAUGCGAAGGAACUCAAAAAUCUUAUAAUCUGCAUGUAAAAUCUCAGCUUCAAAUCCAUUCAAAUCGCUCUUCUGUAAAAUUUGCUUACAAAAAGAUCAAUGAAUUUUAAAGUGAAAACUUUAAUAAAUUUAACAUUAAUACUGGACAUGCAAUCAUGUAGGCAGGAACGUCAAUUAAAAAAAGGCAAAGUUUGACGAAAAUUGCUUCUAGUUUGUAGACUCCAUUAUAAGAUACAACAGUGUUUCUUUUUUAAUUUGCAAAAUAUUUUGAAGAUGGUGAAAAUAAGAAUCAGUAUAUCUUCAAGUACUUUGGGAUUAAUUCUUUCGAUAUUUUACGCGAUAUAUCGCUGUUGGGGUCGUGUAAUAAAUAAAGUAAAUAAAUGUGGCUGUCAAGCAGAAAAACAUUAUUGCUCUGUACUUUGGUGUUGCGUUUUAAGUUGACCAACAGGGCAAUGCAUCACGCAAAUUCCGUAAAAACACUCGCCGACUUUGGAUAUGGUUUCAACGAAGCCGGCCAAUUGAGGCAGAUAAAUCCUGUCAGUGGAACUCUAACUAAUAAGCCAUUUGAAUUUGCUAUAUUUGAGAAGAAGGCCCACAAUCAGAAACGCUAUGAGGAAUUGGGAGAAGUCAUUACGGAUUAUGUUUACAACCUUCUGGAGGCAAGAGGGAUGAUAAAGCUUCCCAUUCCUGUUGAUGCACCUCUGGGAAGUGGCACCUUCAUUUACUCAACCACUAGAGAACUUUGCCGACCAGAGAAACUAAUGAUUCUUAUCCAUGGAAGUGGAGUUGUUAGAGCAGGCCAGUGGUCGAGAAGCCUCAUUAUCAAUGAUUCUAUUUGGAGUGGUACGCAGCUCCUGUACUUAGAGGAAGCAAGAAAGCAAGGAUAUGAAGUUAUUAUAACCAACACAAACGACAACUAUCGAGACGAGAAAAGCAUUCCCGGUAGCGAAGACUCAAUCUCGCAUGCGAUGUACGUCUGGAAACAUUAUAUCAUUCCUUCAAACCCAAAGGCUGUGGCAAUUGUGGCUCACAGCUAUGGAGGAAUUGUGACGAUGGAAUUAGCUAAGAAGCACCCUGCAUUCUUCAAGGAUAAGGUCUUUGCGAUCGGUUUGACGGAUUCUGUGCAUAUAGGAAUAAAGGGUUUGAAGGAUUUCAAGGAGCAUAUUAAAAAAAUUUCGCGAAAUUGGGUGCGUUCGGAAAAGCCACUGGACACGAAGCUGGAGAGUGGAGAUCCCAAUGAUGUCCCUCACUAUUCUGCUGGACAUAUGCAGCACGAAUACACGUCGUCUACGUGCAUGAGCGCUCUGUUUGACUUCUUCAAAGAUCGCUAUGAAGCUAGCGAACGGCGUGAGAUGUGAAGUUGUGGGGGCUUUCGGAGUCGCCCCAUUUGGGGUUAAACGAUCAAAGGUCCCCAAAAAAGUGUAUGUGGCGUGUAUGCUGAACAUUGAUUUGAUAAUAAAAUUAAUAAGAUACAAA